AUGACCUCCAGAACGGAAAGGCUUGUUCUCCGACGAGUACUGCAAGUGCUCACAGUUGCCCAUCUUGACGAUCUUUCCAUCGUGGUCGCCGGUGACUACGCGCGGGUCCAUUAUGGCCUAAUGCUACCUCCCAUUAGAGAGAUAACGAUCAUGGUCGCCCCUAUUCCUGGAAAUGAGAAUCAGGACGCGCGCAGUCCGGACGUCCGCUGUGCCCGCGCCCUCCGGAAUCACCGCGAACAUUUCUCGUGGAGCCACCACGACGGAAUUAUCGACCGUCAGACCGGAACACGGAUAGUUUUUAUACAAGCUGUUCUUGCCCCGCGCAUGACUCCGCUCGCGGAGCUGGUGCGAAUCGAGUUUCUCCCCGUGAUAGAUCCCGUGGAUUACCUUACGGCAUUCAUCUGGCAUUGCAGAACACUGCCGCCAGACACCCAGCUGCGAUGCGAUCACCAGCGCGAUGCAAUCCGGUUUGGCUUCGGCAACUUCGCGGUGCACGUCUCCUCCCCUGGGGAAUCCCAUAUUACGCCGCUCCGGGCACAUCCCUCCUCUAAGGGCCACUCCUAA